CGUGUUUCAUUCAACAUCGGUCAGGCAAGCCAGCAAGAAGCCACGCGUAGUGUGUGUGUAAUUGAAAUCACAAGAGUGUAGUAAAAAAAAAGCACCAACCAACCCUCCUCGAUUCCACGCGACUAGUGAGUGAGUGAUUAAACAGCGAAAUCCCAAGGUUUCCCAGCGCGCGCCCAAAGGCAGAGCUUAGUUUUCUUCUCCGUGUCAAUUUUGUUUAUCGUAUGUCCAUCCAGAAUCUAAAUACAUUCGACCCAUUUGCGGAUGCAAUAAAGGGUGCUGAUGAUGAUGUUCAAGACGGACUCGUGCACAUAAGAAUCCAGCAGAGAAAUGGUCGCAAAACACUAACCACUGUCCAGGGCCUUUCAGCGGAGUACGACCUGAAGAAGAUCGUGCGAGCAUGUAAGAAGGAAUUCGCGUGCAAUGGCACUGUGAUUGAGCAUCCCGAGUACGGCGAGGUUCUUCAGCUGCAGGGCGACCAGCGCGAAAACAUUUGCCAGUGGCUAACCAAGUCCGGGCUGGCGAAACCUGACCAGUUGAAGGUGCACGGUUUCUAAGCCGGCAGACUCACACUAGACUCUUAAACAUAGACCAGCAAGAAGCAGCAGCAAGGUGGCAGGAACACGUACCAACGUAGCAAAUUCAAGUGAUCGAAGCUAAAUCCGGAAAAAAAAACAGUGUGUUCCGGCCCGUUGUUGUGCAUCAUUGGAAAAAGUUGAAUAAGGGGAACCCCAGACGGAGGUGUUCAGUUUGAUGAACAGGCAAACCGCAACAAUAACUAUUUAGCAACAAUCUUGUGUGAAAGUAGAGUAAAAACCUUUUUGCUACCAACGUUGAGAAACUCUUACAAUAUUCUUUGUGUAAUAAAUGAGAUCCCCCACGCCCAGCGCUUUAUUUUGCAUAGCCAAACGGACGAUUCGUAGUUGUGCAAACGGAACGCGAAUAAAGCAGUCAUGGUGUGUGGAUUGGAUAUGUUAGUAAAAUGAAAUUUCACGUUUGAAUUUUACUGCUGAGAAAACGACGGUGUAGGUUGAAGAUUGUCCACCACAGGAAGCAAAGCCAUUCAGGAAGAAUGAUGGUUGGAGGCAGAGGACGUUAAUCGAAACAAUAGUUAUACAAAGUAUGCACAUUAGUCACAAAAUUUAAUUCAAUUCCAUUGCAAUAAAAUAACAUCCACCAGAACAUCCCAAAUCAGUUGUUAAGCGCAGGCGUAGUUAGUCAGAGCAUAGGGAGCUCUAUUUGCAUGUUCUUCUAUGUAGAGAUGCAGGUUGAUUAAAUGCUCGGUUUCACAAUCUUUGUCUCCAUAUUUUCCUUAUCUUAAGUGUCCGGGUGAGUGAGUAGACAAAUGCUAGUAGAAGUAGUUGCAAAAAAUCACAAAUAUCAGUAGAAGACACCAAUUUGGUCACGAGUUUUGUUAGUUUUAAAAGUUGAUAGCCACUAACAAUAGCGAGUUGAAAGUUUUCAAUGAACAGCCUCUUGUAAAAUAACCAGUUCAAUCUGUAAGGUCAAGCUUUCGAUAAAGUUUUUCUUUUGUUUUUUUUUUAUUUCUCGAUUUUCCAUGCUUCAGUUUAGAACUAAACUCAGUUGAUUCUUAUUCUGAUGGCACAAUUUUUCAAAAUUUCAAAAAUGAUCAGCUGAUAAAGGAUUUUUCGUUUAGACUCUUUACUUGGAAACCUUGUUGACAUAGAAAAUGGUAACUAUGUUUAUUAAACCGUAAGAUGAUGUAAUAGAUGUACACCGCCUCACGCGAAGAAACAUGUAUUUAAAUGCAAUUGAUGUGUUCAGAGAGAAUUCUUUGAUCUACAAUCAAAUGAAUUUCCCAUAAUGUAUUUCUCAUUUCCAAUAAUAUAACAAAAAGUGCUGAUUUAUUCGUUUGUCUUUCAUUUAAUCUGCCGUGAAUCGCAUAUCUGUCCCAUGUUUGCUGGAUUUCCUAUUCAUAUGGGACAAAUAUGCGAUUCACGGCAGUAAUCCACAAACCACAAACAAUAUAUUUCCAAAGUCUCAACUAAUAGAUUUGAACACGUUUCUCGUCCUUUUAAUAUGUUUAUGUUCUGUUCAUUGCAGUCACUAUCUCAAAGUAUAGGAAAAUAUAACUGUUUCACAAAGAAAUGAUUAAUAAAAUAUUCACUUAAUCGUCAUCGUCGCAA